AACUCGAUGUAAGGAUUGGUAGUUCGAUCAUUAGAGGUGGUGAUAAAUAUUCUGAUUUUAAAGUUAUAAGUGGAGUAAUAGGAACAGAAGUUAAAACAGGCUGGAACAAGGUAUCAGCUAAAGUUGAAGUGGAUGUAGGUAUCAAAGGAAAUUUGGGAGUCAGCGCUGAUUCAGGUGUAUCAAUUGGUGAUGGUAGUGUAGAAACUAAGCUUGUAGGCGUAGGUUUUAAGGUUGGGAAAGAAAUAG